UGCUUCACACGGAACAGGAUGGCGUCCCCUUCCCCACACGACCGCAGCCGUAAAGAGGAGGACGAGGACGACCCUGUUGAACGGAUGAUAUCCCGCACCGGCUGUGCCGAGCUUCACUACGCAGUGCAGGAGUGCAUGGCUGAACACCAGGACUGGAGAGUGUGCCAGAGCCAGGUCCAGACUUUCAAAAGCUGUAUGAUGAAUUUCCAAAAUGCACAGAGAGAAAAGCUGAGGAAGCAGCAGCAAACCUCCACUUCAGCUGAGUCUGCAGCCAGCUGAUAUCACAACAUCCAGCUGAUAUGACAACAUCCAGCUGAUAUCACAACAUCCAGCUGAUAUCACAACAUCCAGCUGAUAUGACAACAUCCAAUUGAUAUCACAACAUCCAGCUGAAGCCCAAGCACAGGAACGGGAUGUGUUUUUCAGAACCUUCUUGUUCUGCAUGAGGUGGGAAGACUAUAAUGAUUUAUACGUCAAUAAAUUAAGCUUUCACUUUCUUAUGAUGUUGUUUGGUUCCCUCUAAUUGAAGUACCUGGUGAUGAAACUAUGUGUCUGUUUAUCUAUUAUUGACAGAUGUCAGCCAAAAGUGACAGAAAUCAAAACGUCACUUGCCACAAUCCUUUGUGAGGAUUUGUUUUCUUUACAAACGCAGAAGUACGUACAUGAUUUGCUCAGAUCAAGAGUUUGCGCAUACAAAAAUAACUAAAAAAAUAAAUAUUCUAAAAGAC